GUUAGGGGGAUUUUGUGGGUUGGAGAUGUGACUGUGGAAAGGUUGAAGUGGGGGAAUGAUUUCUUGAAGAAGAGGUUGGAGUCUGGUUCACACUCCCAGGUUAGUCCUCAGGCAUUGGAGAGCAUGAAAAGGGUUAAGAAAUUGACUAUGAUGUCUGAGAAAGUUGCCACUGGUGUGCUCUCUGGGGUUGUCAAGGUGUCCGGAUUCUUCACAAGUUCUGUGGUCAACUCCAAAGCUGGAAAGAAGUUCUUUAGCCUUCUUCCAGGGGAAAUCGUCCUUGCUACCAUGGAUGGAUUCAAUAAGGUUUUGGAUGCUGCAGAAGUAGCUGGAAGGAAUGUCAUGUCCACUUCAUCAGUUGUGACCACCGGCCUAGUUUCACAUAAAUAUGGAGAGGAAGCAGCACAGGUUACAAAUGAAGGCCUUGAUGCAGCAGGGCAUGCGAUUGGGACAGCUUGGGCCGUGUUCAAACUUAGGAAGGCACUCAACCCCAAGAGCGCAAUCAAACCAACAACACUAGCUAAAGCUGCAGCUGAAGCAACUUCUACUAAACUUAAGAAAUAAGGCAUGGUAACAAAAGAAUUAGGAUCCCCCCAGCACCCUUCAUAUAUAAUAGUUUGCCUUUUUCAAUCUUUAUAGUGAUUAGGAUUUAUAGUUAAUCCAGAUGUUCGGGAAAAGGAAUUGGGUUAAGUCCAACGGGUUAUUUACCGAAUUUGCGAUGUUGAAUUCCAUUUAUUUUUUUCCCAUUCUUGUCUACUGAUAUAUAUAAAUUGCAUAUUCAUGGUUGAAAGUGGAUGAAGUUAUGUUUGUAGUUGUA